AUGGAUGAAAAGCAAUUUUUAAUUGAUAAAAAGAGUGAUUCAUUGAACGGAUCGAAUGAGACAAAACAUGAAUCAUCUCGUCUGGAAUGGGCAGAAUCAUCUUGGCUUCGAUGGGGUCAUCUUAUAUAUUUUUCAUGGAUCAUUCCAGUCAUCAAAUCGGGUUACAAACGAACAUUAACUAUUGAUGACCUCGAUCAAUUACCUACUGAUGACACAGCAUUGGUUUUGAUGCAAAAAUUUUUGUCUUAUGAUUGGAAAACAACCAGAGUAUCCAUUGCAAUUAUUAAGAUAUUUUGGAAGGAACUGACGAUAAGUGGGCUUCUUCUUCUACCAUAUAUGUUCGGGCGUAUGGCUGUGCCGCUAAUUAUGCGUCAGAUUAUUUUGCUCAUAACUGAUCAUCAAACAUCUUCUUCACUAAGAUACGUGUACCCGAUAAUUUGCAGUCGAACGCUAAGCGAAUAUCAUGAUAACAUUGCUAAAUGUGCCGAUAAACGUAUUCAAGUAUUGAGUGAAAUGAUAAACGCAUUUCAUAUUGUUAAAAUGAAUAACUGGGAAGAUCUUGCAGAGAAGCGCGUCGAUUCCAUGCGUGAACAGGAAUUUAGUACGAUCCGAAAAGCAUCUCUUAUUCGCGCAUUGAACAUGGGUUUAUUUUUCGCAUCAAUGCCGUUGAUUUCGUUGGCAACAAUAUAUGGUAUUUGGUUAACAAAUGGUUCGUUCGUGUCGAUAGAUAUUUUUACUGCAAUGUCGUUCUAUGGUGUUCUACGAUCACCUGUAACCAGUUUCUUGCCAAUUGCCAUUGAAAAAACUCUUCAACUUCGAGUGGCAGUGAAACGAAUCGAUCAGUUUCUCAAAGAAAGUCAACAACAAACAUUAGAACCAGCCUAUACUGAUCAGUACCAACAAAGCGGUAAAGUAACUUUGCAAAAUGCCUGUUUCUCGUGGAACAACAAUGAAAUACAUUUGCCGCCAAUGAAUAUUGAUAUUGAGUCUGGUUCUCUGGUUGGUAUCGUGGGCAAUGUUGGUUCAGGGAAAUCAUCGUUCUUUGCAGCUAUUCUAGGUCAAAUGCAUCUUGUUGAUGGUGAAAUCUUCACAAAUGGAAGUUCUUUCUCAUAUGCAUCUCAAUCACUUUGGAUCUUUGUUGACACAGUGCGUACAAAUAUUAUUCUUGAUAAGCCAUUUUAUAAAGAACGCUACAUGAAUGUCUUACGAGCGUGCUGUCUUAAUGCAGAUCUAGAGUCACUGGGACCGACUGCUGAUCUGACAAUGAUUGGAGAUAAAGGUAUCAACUUGAGUGGAGGGCAACGUGCACGAAUAUCACUUGCACGAGCUUUGUAUAUCGAUGCUGAUAUUUACCUUUUCGAUGAUCCCUUGGCUUCUGUCGAUAACAAAGUAGCCAAACAGAUCUAUGAUCAAUCGAUUGGUCCCCAUGGAUUGUUGAAAAACAAAACUCGCCUACUGAUCACGCAUCAAACGAAAUAUUUGAUUGAUUCAGAUCAAAUACUUUACUUUGAUCAUGGUCUCGUUCGAUGUGAGCUUCCUUCAAACGCAUAUCAGGUCGAACUUGAAAAAAUCCCUCUGAUAGAUGAAGAUACCAACAUCAAGCCGGCAACAGCUAAUAUAUUGGAUGUCGAACAAUCUCAUAUUGAUCAUCAAUCAAUCAUUCAAGAUGAAACAUCUAUAAAAAGUACUGUAAAUUGGUCCGUUUGGGCUUACUUAUUUAGUCAAUCGGUUUUUGGUUGGUUUGCUUUUGCUUUCCUUAUUGUACUUCUCUUAUCGGGAGAAAUUCUAUGUGAAAUAGCGAAUAUUUUACUUGCACUUCUCUUAAACAAGCUCGAGAUGAAUGCAUCACAUACUCGGCCCACUCCUAGCAUCUACCUUUACGUGAAUUUAACAAACAUGGUACUAUCAUUAGUAAGUGCGAUUCUUUUCUUCCGAAUAAUCUUGGAUGGAACCAACGCUCUUGAGAAAAAGAUGGUUCAUGCGCUGUUUAAUACAUCGAUACGAUUUUAUGAAAGUAAUCCAAGUGGACGAAUUCUGAGUCGAGCGAGUCGAGAUCAACAAGUAGUCGAUGAAAUAUUACCUGCAACUCUGUUCGAUUCUGUACAAUCGUUAUUAAUGAGUAUGGGUUCGAUCAUUGUUAUUGGUGUAAUCAAUCCAUGGAUUUUUCCUGUUCUUAUUCCAUUAUUUGGAAUCUGUGUUGUUUUACACCAUAUUUAUGCGCGUUCAAAUCAUCAAGUAAAACAUCUUGAAAGUGUAGCGCGUAGUCCCGUUUAUAGUUUAUUGGCAUCCUCAUUGAAUGGAUUGAUGACAAUUCGUGCUUUGAAAAACAAAGAUUAUUUCAUUAAAUUGUUUCACAAUCGAAUUGAUGCAAAUACUCGUAGCUAUUUAGCUUUGAUAGGUGUCUCACAAUGGUUCGGUUUAUAUCUCGAUCUUCUAAAUAAUAUUUUCACAGUUAUUGCUACUUUACUCUGUCUGAUAUUAAAAGAUCAGUUAAAUCCUGCAUUAUCAGUGCUUCUCUUGAGUUAUACGAUCACUAUACGAGCAUUUUUGCAGCGGGGUAUACGACAAGGAGUUGAAUCUCAAAUUCUAAUGACAAGUGCUGAACGUAUUUAUGGAUAUAGUCAACUUCCACAAGAAGAAGAUUUCGGAGGCGAACAUGGACUCAUAGAAACAUCACCUGAUUGGCCUGAUCUUGGUACAGUCGAGUUUUGUAAUUAUUCUUUUCGAUAUCGAUCUACUCGCGAAACUGCACUUCGAGAUCUAUGCUUACGCAUUGAACCGAAUGAGAAAAUUGGAAUAAUUGGUCGAACAGGUGCCGGAAAAUCGUCUCUUUUCCAAGCUCUCUUUCGAUUUACUGAUCGAUCUCUUAUUACAGGUCAUAUUCUCAUCGAUGGUGUUGAUAUCAGUCGUAUCACUCUCAAACAUCUUCGAACUCAUAUCAGUAUUAUUCCUCAACAAGCAUUUCUCUUCAGUGGUUCUCUUCGAUCAAAUCUCGAUCCAUUCAAUCAUUAUUCUGAUGAACAAUGUUGGAAAGCACUCGAAGAUGUACAAUUAAAAAAGUUUGUUUCUGAUCAUUCCGAGCGUCUUCUCUUGCCUAUCGCUGAAUCAGGCAUUAAUCUGAGUGCUGGCCAACGUCAAUUAGUUGCUGCUGCACGAGCUAUACUCAAACAAAGUAAAAUCUUGUUAAUCGAUGAAGCAACGGCCAAUGUUGAUCCUGCAACGGAUACAUUCAUUCAACAGCUAAUUGCUCAUCGGUUUCAAGAUCGAACUGUAUUGAUGAUUGCUCAUCGACUCAAUACAGUAAUUCAGAGUGAUCGUAUCCUUGUUUUAAAAAAUGGACAAUUGGAAAACCUCGAUGUGCCUCAAAACAUUUUACAUGACUAUCAAUGA